AUGAAGGGCAGCCUGACACUGGUUGGGAUCCUCUGGGCUGUGCUGUCACUGCUCACCGCUGUGGCCAGCACCACCAGUUACUUCCUGCCCUACUGGCUCUUUGGCUCCCAGCUUGGGAAGCCAGUGUCUUUCAGCAUGUUCCGGCGCUGUAACUACCCUGUCCGGGGAGAAGGGCGCAGCCUGGUGAUGGUGGAAGAGUGUGGCCGCUAUGCUAACUUCAAUGCCAUCCCCAGCCUGGCUUGGCAGAUGUGCACCGUGGUGACGGGCACAGGCUGUGCCUUACUGCUGCUGGUGGCACUGGGGGCCAUCCUGGGCUGCUGCAUGGAUGAGCUCAUCUCCAGGAUCAUGGGUCGAUGCAUGGGAGCAGCCCAGUUUGUGGGAGGUCUGCUUAUUGGUGCAGGCUGCGCCUUGUAUCCCCUAGGCUGGAACAGCCCUGAGGUGAUGCAGACAUGUGGGAACUCCUCCAGUCAGUUUCACUUAGGUACCUGCCAGCUUGGUUGGGCAUACUACUGCACUGGGGGCGGAGCUGCGGUGGCCAUGCUCAUCUGCACCUGGCUCUCCUGCUUUGCUGGAAGGCUUCCCAAGCCCAUCGUGAAUUCCUACACCAUGGAACUGGAGCAUUGCCUCCACCCCUGAGCCAGUCCAUAGCUUCUAGUCUCUUGGGGUGCUGGGGGUAGGGAAGGGGAUGGCUGGGAAGGAAGU